AGGCCGGAUGUGAGUGGAGCGGCCAUUUCCUGUUUCUCUGCAGUUUUCCCCAGCUUUGGGUGGUGGCUGCUGCUGGGCUCCGGCUUCCCAUCGGCGGAGGGCAAGGCGGCGUGGACAGCGGCCCCGGCACUCCGCGCCCCGCCGCCCGCAGCCGCGCGCCCGCCCGCCCGCCGCGCCCCGAGCUCUCCGCUCCUCGCCUCAGCGCCCGGCCGCCGCCGCCGCGGCCCAGAGAGCGGCCCAGAUGCAGGCCAUCAAGUGUGUGGUGGUGGGAGACGGAGCUGUAGGUAAAACUUGCCUCCUGAUCAGUUAUACGACCAAUGCCUUUCCUGGAGAGUAUAUCCCUACUGUCUUUGACAACUAUUCUGCCAAUGUCAUGGUGGAUGGAAAACCGGUGAAUCUGGGCUUGUGGGAUACAGCUGGACAAGAAGAUUAUGACCGAUUACGUCCCCUAUCCUAUCCGCAAACGGUUGGAGAAACGUAUGGUAAGGAUAUACCCUCCAGGGGCAAAGACAAGCCGAUUGCCGAUGUAUUCUUGAUUUGCUUUUCUCUUGUGAGUCCUGCAUCAUUUGAAAAUGUUCGUGCAAAGUGGUACCCUGAAGUGCGACACCACUGUCCCAACACUCCUAUCAUCCUGGUGGGGACGAAACUUGAUCUGAGGGAUGAUAAAGACACGAUUGAGAAACUGAAGGAGAAGAAGCUGACACCCAUCACCUACCCACAGGGCUUGGCCAUGGCCAAGGAGAUCGGUGCCGUCAAAUACCUGGAAUGCUCGGCGCUCACGCAGCGAGGUCUCAAGACGGUGUUUGAUGAAGCUAUCCGGGCGGUUCUCUGCCCACCCCCCGUCAAGAAGAGGAAGAGAAAAUGCCUGCUGUUGUGAAUGUCCGGGCCCCUCCCGCCUGUCCCGUCCCCCAGGACCCUUUGUACGCUUUGCUCAAACGGUGGAGCCUUCGCACUCAAUGCCAAGUUUUUGUUACAGAUUAGUUUUUCCAUAAAACCGUUUUGAACCAAUCAGUAAUUUCUAGGUUUUGUUUGUUUAAAGUGUAAGAGUUCAAACUUUCACAUUCUAUUAAAGUUUAGCCCUAAAAUGA